AUGGAGAAAUAUGAGAAAUUAUCAGAUUUUCACAAGAAAUUCUACAUUCCUUCGUACGUGCUCUCGCCUGAAGCCGAUCCUGUGGCGAUGCCAAGAACUCCACCUGAGAAUCCAAUUCUCGUAUUCAUCAACUCCAAAAGCGGAGGCCAACUCGGUGGACAGCUUAUUCUUACCUACCGCACUAUUCUCAACGACAAACAGGUAUUUGAUCUUGGGGUAGAGAGUCCGGAUCAGGUGCUACGGAGAAUAUAUCUUAACCUAGAGAGGCUAAAGGACGAUGCUUUCGCUUGCAAGAUCCAGGAGAAGUUGAAAAUAAUUGUUGCAGGGGGAGAUGGAACAGCUGGUUGGAUUCUUGGAAUUGUUUGUGAUCUUAAAUUAUCUAAUCCACCUCCAAUUGCUACUAUCCCUUUGGGUACAGGAAACAACCUUCCAUUUGCAUUUGGAUGGGGUAAGAAAAAUCCUGGAACAGAUAAGUCUUCCGUGGAGUCUUUUUUUAAUCAAGUGAUCAAAGCAAAAGAGAUGAAGAUAGACAAUUGGUACACACUUAUGAGGAUGAAGGCUCCCAAAAAAGGCUCUUGUGAAUCUAUUGAGUUACCGCCUUCUCUACAUUCAUAUCAUAAUGUUUCUCCAUCAGAUCAAGAAGGUUACCUCACGUUUCGAGGGGGAUUCUGGAAUUACUUUAGCUUGGGAAUGGAUGCUCAAGUAUCUUAUGAAUUUCAUUCUCAGAGAAAAUUGCACCCGGAAAAUUUUAAAAAUCAGAUGGUUAAUCAGAGAAGCCAAACUCCACCAUUCGUUGAUGAUGGGCUCAUCGAAAUCGUUGGGUUUAGAAAUGCUUGGCAUGGUCUUGUUCUGCUUACUCCAAAUGGUCAUGGGACAAGACUAGCUCAGGCAAAUCGAAUUCGGUUUGAAUUUAAGAAAGGUGCAGCGAGGCAUGCAUACAUGAGAAUGGAUGGAGAGCCGUGGAAACAGCCACUGCCACUUGAUGAUGAUGAAACUGUGAUGUUAGAGAUUUCACAUCAUGGACAAGUAAACAUCCUUGCAACCGACAAUUGCAAGUCAAAAAGCAUGCAUGAGUCUUCUUCCACGACCCGGUUUAGUGAUGGAAAUGAUCAUGACUCAUCAGAGGCUCAAGGUGAGGAGGAGUUUAGAAAGUUUGGUGCGGCUGAUUCAUUUAAGCAUCCCAAAGAUCUUUGA